AUGUUAGAAUCGAAAACCAAGGAGAAUUUUGAUAAAUUAAUCUCUGCUUCAAUGAAUGCUGCUCUUCACGGACAAUUGAAUACUUUUGUCCGUACAGUUCUCGAACGAUCUCCUCGCGAAUACGUCGAUAUGAAUGACAACAACGGUCUUCAAUCAUUACUAGUUUUCAUUCAUGAACAAUCAAGUACAGGUCAUCUUCCUAAUCAAUAUCUAUGUGACUUUAUUCAACACCUGCGACACUUUGCUCAACUAGGGAUAUUGUACACGCCGGAAAUUGACUAUAUCUUGACUGACUUACACAAAGCUAAAGAUCAUGAUAGCAUAACAGUAAGAUCAAUCAAGACUAAAUUAGACCAAAUGAAAACUGUCAGCUAUGUUUAUACCUAUGAUCAUCUUGAUCUCGCUGAAUUGAAUGAUUUUCUCAAUCAGAUGAUUGUCGAAGAAAAUCUAACUCAUGGACAAGUCUGGUACGUGCUCGAUCGUUUAGUGAAUCUAUGCCAACUAGAACCAAUAACAAGUUUUGAUAUCAAAACUCUUCUUACAAAUCUUCGACUAGAAUACAAUCGUCAACAAGCAAUCUAUCCGAAGUUGAUUGAAAAUUUCCAAACACUUGUUUCAUCGCAUUCAAGUUCUUUUGCUGAAUUGUAUUCUCUAGAACGUGAUAUACAACGAGUCUUAUUUUCAUCGAAUAGCAAUACUAAACGAAUACCCGAUGAAGUCCGACGACGUUUCAAUGAGAUAAUGGUGUUUUGUACACAGAUUAGUGUCGAUCGAUUAUUAGUCGAGGAGUUAUACGGCCCAACAAUGAAUUACAAAUUUUAUAAUCAAGUGAAAGAAAUUUUGAAAACAGGAAAUAUAAUUAAUAAAAAACAAUCGCUGACGGCUAUUGUACAGAUACAUAAACACUUCCUGCGAAUAUCACGUUUACAUACACGAAACUAUUUGUUAGAUCAACAGUUAGACACAAUACUUGAGAAUAUCCAGACAUGGUACCCUGAAAAACAAGACUAUUUCGAAGAUCUUCUCAAGCAUAUGGCUGAAUUAGGCUGUUUACAAGUAAAACCAUCAUCGAUAUUUAGUGCAUUAAUGAACAAAAUCCAUGUUCAAUUGAAUCAUCCAGAUGUAGAACAUAUAGCGAAACAUUUAUCAAAACUUGAACAAGAAGACAAACUUGAUAGUGGUACAUAUAUAGAAAUACAAAAUCGACUCAAUCAAAUCGCUCGUUUUCAUCGAUGGACUUGUCCACGAAUGAAAUCAAUCACUGACGAUAUACUAAAAUAUCAAGGUAAACGAUAUUUGUCAGACAGAAAUGGGUAUCAAUCGAUUCAAUUCUAUCGUUUAAUACUAAACGAUAUCACUCAUGCAAUUGAAUUUGAAUUCUACGUUCAAAAACUUGCAGCUGAGCAUCGCAUAUCAGAUAUGUUAUGUUCUCAUUGGCGUCAAUUCGUGCAUCAAAUUUUACAAAAUGAAUUAAAUAUAGAUGAGUUAACCAAGUGUCACGUGCAACUAAAUGCAUUGCAUCAUGUGAAACGUAUGGAUAUUGACCAAGUGGAAAGUUUUAUUAGCAAAUUAAGUCAAGACAGUGCUUUGUCUGCGAUUAAUAGUGUUUAUUGA